GUCACAGACUUCUUUGAAUGAGUGAAUGAGUCUGUUGAGGAGUUUAAGAAGAGUAGACAAAAUUUAAACUUAUCUUAAAAAGUUAAACUUGUUACAGUUCCAGUUGCAGAAGAAGCUAAACACCAUUUUAAUGCUGCUAAAGUACUCUGCUAUAUUCCUUGUGUAACGUAACGUCAUGGACUUUUUCAACUGAUUUCAAGAACAGUCUGUACAACAUAAAAUUUGUAUUAGUCCGAGAGUGAUACAGUUAAUGAUUUGUAAUUUACAGUACAAUUAAAACGUGUUUGUAUCAAUAAAACACGUGUCCGUGACUUUUUUCCGAGGACACCCCGUUAAUACGGACAUUUUGGCAUGUCCCCUUGGUGUCUGUAUUAACGGGGUUCCACUGUACCUCUUUAAUAUAAACCAGUCAGUUUAAAUAAGAAUGUGUCAAUAUUGCAAAGUGUUGCAAUAAACAGGAAGAAUUUUGUAGCUUGUCAGGAUAAACUAUUGAUCAAUGAUGGUUUCAUUCCCAGAGCUUGUACAUUUACAGUAAGUGGUGAUGAAACACCCUACACCCUAGGCAAAAUAUAAAAAUGGAACCAGAAAAGACUGGUUCCGGUUGGAUUUAUCUACAUGUAUGUGCAUGCAAGUGUGAUAAUGCUCUGUUUUGAUUUGAUCACUCAGAUCUCAAUUUCUACUUGUGUCAUGCUUUAUAGUUAAACAUCUGCUCUGCCAUGUUUCCUGGUUCAUUGUCAAGUACAAAAAUCUUUAUACAUGUAAGGAAGGUUUUCCAUUUAUAGUGAACUAAUGUACAUGUACAUGCAGCAAUAAAUCAAGAUCUUAAGAAUUGAUUCUUUGACUUAUCGUACAGGUGUUAGCAAUAAAAACAAGGGAAUUAAGCUCUGUACAAUCUGACUGCUCUGCAAAGUCGUCUCACUUGGAAAACAAACAUGCACAAGAACUCACAGCUGAGAGGGAGAAAGCGCAGCAGAUGGUCACUACCAACCAACAGACAUAUGAGAAAGAAAAGAGAGAGAUGAAACAAAAUCACCAGUCACAGGUCACGAGACUAGAGGCUAGACUUAAAGAUGUGGAAAAUUCCAAUAGGGACCUGAAUCAGAAGAAAUAUCAAGCAGAUUCUUGUAUUAGAGACCUAAAAUCAAAACUGGCAGCCCUUGAUGAGGAAUGCAAAUUUGCCAAGCAAGAACUGCACAAACUUCGUCGUGAGAAUGGAUCACUGGACUCUGAGAGGCAUGAACACAGUAAAACAGUCAGUCAACUGCAGACCAAGGUGGCUGUAUUGGAACAGGAACUCAGGGACAAGGAACAGGUAAUAGCACGAACCAAUGAACUGUUAGAGAAUUCCAAUGAGCAACGGAGAAAACAAGAAAAAGCUUUGGAGGAAAAACAGGAGCAAAUCAAGAAGGUUGAAGCCAACAUUAAAUCAGUAACAGGCGAUGUGAUCAAGGGAAAUGAAAUUAUCCAGAGAUUACAGUCGGAAUUACGUACCUACAAGUCGAAGAUGAAACUGAAAAGUGUGGUUAUGACCAAACAAGAAAAGCUUCUUGAAGAGAAGGAAGCAGCUCUUGAAAGAUAUCGACAAGAAAACGCCAGCUUGGAGACCACGGUGAAGACUAAAGAGGAGGAGGUGAAGAAGCUGAGCGAGUCACUUGAGACGAGUACAGCAAAGCUAGAAGAAAGUAAACAGUUGUUGAAGACCAACGAAAAUGUUAUCAACUGGUUAAACAAGCAGAUAAAUGAUCAAAUGAUGUCACAGCAGCGUCUUGGACCGUUUGAAAUGCACACAAAGACUGUGUCACCGCGAGGUCCACCCUUGGUUCCAUACAACAAGGUAACGAGCACAACAGUUGGUUCCAGUUCAGCGGGAAACAGGACAGAUAUUCCACGUUAUACUGAACCAGCCCAGAUGCCGUACAGGAAGCCAGGGCCUCGUCAAGCAAUGCUUCCUCAUCCAGUAGGCCAAUCAACUCCUAAUGUACCAUCAGGUGUACUUCCAACAGGAGGUGUCACGCCACUCAGCCGCCCACUCACGGGCAUGACACACACCACUGAACCCAUACUUGACGCAAAGUACUUCCAUCCCACUGGAAAUGGAGCCACCUCUCAGAAGCCUGGAUCCGAGCCUCCUCUCAUGUCAGCGUACUUUCCCAAACCACGUGGUGCAUUGCCUACCACGUGAACGCCACGUGGGUUGAGAUAGUACCCUAAUAAGAGAUACGCGUAGUUGCACUCACUUAGGAACUCGAAGUUUUCAAUUGACAGUGUUGAGUGUUUGCUGUUGUCAGAACGAAUCGAAGUAGGCAUUUUAGAAGAUCAUCUCUAUCCUAUGGAAUUUUCAUAUUUAGCUUAUUACCCAAUCAGUAAUGUAAUAAAAAGUACAGGAAGGUUUAUAGAUUAGCCAUUAGAAAUAUACUCUUCUGAUACACCAGCCUUUCUAUGUAAAUAACUGUAAUAAAAGUUCAUUGAAAUAUUUCGCUUUUUAAGUAUUGUGCCGUGAUGAGGAAAGUUACACCUGCAGAUGUUAUCCGUAACGAAGAAAUGUUGGUGUCGUUUAUGCAAAAAUGGGGCCAAUAUUCUUCAAUACGGACGGAACAAGCUGGUCCAAAUUAGCAUUCAUCUGGUGAUAAAUUAGUUUGGUUACUUUCGUGAAAGUUUUCCUGAAUUGUCAGUCAUAA